AUGUCUUCUGCACACUGUGACGAGCGGCUGUUUCAGGGCAAGCCACUCGCUCGGAUCGAAGGUAGCCAAGGUCAGUUCCCCAUAACUCAGAAUGUGACGGUGGUGGAGGGGGGCACAGCAAACAUGACCUGCCGUGUGGAUUACAAUGAUAACACUUCCCUCCAGUGGUCAAACCCUGCACAACAGACCCUAUUCUUUGGGGACAAGAAAGCUCUGAGGGACCACAGAAUCGAACUGGUGCGAGCCUCGUCACAGGAGCUCAUCAUCAGAAUCAGUGACGUCAGCCUGUCAGACGAGGGCCAGUACACCUGCUCGCUCUUCACUAUGCCUGUCAAGACCACCAAGGCCUUUCUCACUGUUCUGGGAGUGCCAGGACGACCAGAGAUCACAGGAUUCACCAAGCCUGCCAUGGAGGGGGACGUAAUCACCCUGACCUGCACCACACCAGGCAGCAAACCAGCUGCCAAUAUCCGGUGGUUCCGAAAUGACAAGGAGGUCCAAGGCACUAAGGAGGUGAAUGCCACAGGAAAAUCCUUUGCAGUGAGGAGUAGCCUCCAGUUCCAGGUGGACAGACGGGACGAUGGCGUUGCCUACACCUGCAGCGUGGAGCAUGUGUCUCUGACAAACCCUUACAUGACAACUGAGGUCCUGGAGGUCCACUAUGCUCCCCAUCUGGAGAUCACACAUUCACUGAUUAUUCCACAGGAAGGACAAUACCUCAAAUUGGAGUGUGUGUCCAAAGGCAACCCAAUUCCUGAACCGGUGCUAUGGUCUAAAGAUGGAGGCGAGCUGCCAGACAUCGAACGUAUGAUUGUGGAGGGCAGGGAACUAACCAUCACCACACUAAAUAAAACAGACAAUGGCACAUACCGCUGCGAGGCCAGCAACCACCUGGGGACCAGCAGUGCUGAAUAUAUACUGUUUGUAUAUGCCAAAGACUUUCCAGGGCCUACAACAGAUCCAAAUGCUUUAGGACAACAUGGACCUGACCAUGCUUUAAUUGGUGGUGUUGUUGCAGUCGUCGUCUUCAUCACCUUGUGUCUGAUAAUAGUUCUUGGACGAUAUCUGGCCAGACAUAAAGGGACGUAUCUAACACAUGAGGCCAAGGGAGCAGAGGAUGCCCCAGAUGCAGACACAGCCAUCAUCAAUGCUGAGGGAAACCAUGUGCAUGCAGAGGAAAAGAAAGAGUACUUCAUUUAA